CAUUUUUUAUGAUAAAAUUGUAGGACUAGUACUUGAAAGAGAUUUAAUUCUGUUUAUCUUUGCAUCAUACCUCCAGAUAUCGGGAAACGAAACACUUGCACGAGCACGCACGGACACUCACAGUUGUGGAAUUGGAUAAUCUUGUUGAUGUGUUAUGGUGAUUGUUUGUGGUGGGCUGUGUUGUUUUUUGAUUGUUUUUGCUGCAGAGGUGCUUGUUCCGUUCCAGGUAGUAAAAUCACAGUAGGAAUUUCAAGAAUGAAUCUUUGAUUUGAGGGAUGAGGGUUGGAGGGAAAAUGGCGGCGAAAUCAAUCGGCUGGAGGCGGGGAAUAUCCACCUGUUCUUGUUUAUUUGAGAGAGUGAAGCAGACAGAAAAUGAAAUUGUUCAAAUGUUUCGGUUGGGAAGUCCGAAAGAUGACACGCCGUAUUUUGGGAACCGUUCCCCUAUAAGGAAGAACAGCUCUGCAAGGGCCCUUGAUGAGAGGUUUAUAAGGAUCUUGAAGAUAUUUAAGUGGGGUCCUGAUGCAGAAAAGGCCCUGGAGGUUUUGAAAUUGAAGCUUGAUCAUAGGCUGGUUCGCGAAGUUUUACAAGUGGAUGUGGAGGUCAAUGUGAAAGUGCAGUUCUUCAAGUGGGCUGGGAAGAGAAGGAAUUUUGAGCAUGAUUCUACCACUUACAUGGCUUUGAUUCGUUGUCUUGAGGAAGCUGGGCUGGUUGGUGGAAUGUGGAAGAUAAUCCAGGAAAUGGUGAAGAGUCCAUGUGCCAUUGGCCCGGCUGAUUUGUCUGAAAUUGUCAGAAUCUUGGGCAGGGCAAAGAUGGUGAACAAAGCUCUCUCUGUCUUUUACCAGAUUAAAAACCGCAAGUGCAAACCGACCGCUGGCACAUAUAAUUCCAUCAUCUUGAUGCUGAUGCAAGAGGGUCAUCAUGAGAAAGUUCAUGAGCUAUAUAAUGAGAUGUGCAAUGAAGGUAAUUGUUUCCCUGACACUGUAACAUACAGUGCUUUAAUAUCUUCAUUUGGGAAACUAGGCCGUGAUGAUUCUGCAAUUAGGCUAUUUGAUGAAAUGAAAGAGAAUGGCUUAUAUCCCACUGCAAAGAUCUACACUACUUUAUUAGGUAUUUACUUUAAACUAGGAAAGGUUGAAAAGGCAUUAGGAUUAGUGCAAGAGAUGAAAGACACGGGUUGUGCACUGACAGUGUAUACAUAUACGGAAAUGAUAAAGGGACUUGGUGCAGCUGGGAGGGUAGAAGAGGCUUAUUCGGUAUUCCUGAAUAUGCUAAAUGAUGGUUGUAAGCCUGAUGUGGUGCUAAUAAACAAUGUUAUAAAUAUCUUGGGCAAGGGGGAGCGUUUAGCUGAUGCCAUUAAGCUUUUCGAAGGGAUGGAGUCCUGGAGCUGUACACCAAAUGUGGUGACUUAUAACACUAUCAUUAAAGCUCUCUUUGAAUCAAAAGCCCCAGUAUCUGAGAUCACCUUGUGGUAUGAGAAAAUGAAAACCAGUGGCGUUAGUCCUAGCUCUUAUACUUAUUCAAUUCUCAUAGACGGGCUUUGCAAGAAAAAUAGCCUAGAAAAAGCACUAUUAAUGCUUGAGGAGAUGGAUGAAAAGGGGUUUCCUCCAUGUCCAGCUGCCUACUGCAGCUUAAUCAACAGUCUUUGCCGGGCAAAACGCUAUGAUGCGGCGCAUGAGUUAUUUCAAGAAUUAAAAGAAAAUUGUGGAUCCUCAAGUGCUCGUGUAUAUGCUGUGAUGAUAAAGCAUUUCGGAAAGUGUGGCCGUUUGUCGGAGGCUGUUGAUCUUUUCAAUGAGAUGAAAAGACUUGGUUGCAUUCCAGAUGUUUAUGCUUAUAAUGCACUCAUGUCAGGGAUGGUGAGGGCUGGCAUGACAGAUGAGGCUCAGUCCUUACUUCGAACAAUGGAAGAGAAUGGUUGCACUCCUGACCUUAACUCUCAUAAUAUUAUUUUAAAUGGAUUGGCUAGAACAGGUGGGCCACAAAGGGCCAUGGAGAUGUUCACAAAGAUGAAAAAUUCCAAGAUGAAGCUAGAUGCUGUUUCUUACAACACCCUUUUGGGUUGUCUCAGUCGUGCUGGUAUGUUUGAGGAGGCUGCGAAGCUAAUGAAAGAGAUGAACUUGCAUGGUUUCGAAUAUGAUCACGUAACUUACUCAUCAAUACUUGAGGCUGUUGGUAAAGUUGAUGAAGAUUGUAAACUUGCAGCUUUGUGAACUACACAUGGUAUAAAUGAUGCCUUUAUUACUUGGAUUAUAUUCUUGCUUUUGCUUUUCCAAGGUUAUUGGUAGUGUUUACUUCUAGACUUGGCCUGGUGCAUUUAUUUACCGAUUAGCUGUAUUUUACAAGUGGGAACAAGGCGUGGUCAUCCUGCUCCAUAUCAGCUCUCAUGUGCUGCAUUCCCCCCCAUGUCCUUUUGCCUCUCAUCCUGACCUAUUUCACUAGACUUUAAGAAGGAAAUAACAAGGCUAUCUUCUUGGGGAAAAAGGUUUUGGUUCAUUAGUAGAGACUUGAAAACUUUGUUGUAUUUGAUUUCGUUUAUUGGGUGGGCGGGCAACUCUUUUCAGGAUUUUGUGCGUAAAACAAGAGUUUAUCAAAAUGAGUUCCGGAAUGGAAAUGGGUCAUGUGCGUUGCUGCUGGCUGUUGUGCUCCGUGUUAGCUUCUAAGAUG